AUGACGGCUGCUGUGGUGGGAGACGAUAACUGUGAUGUUAUUGCUCCCAGUGCUCUUACCAUGGCUGAAUCCCUAAGUGAAGUUUCUCGCUGUCUGGAAGUUCUGGAGGCCAGUGAUGAGAGAAAGAAGAAAUCCAAAUUUAAAGUCUUCAAGAGCUUUUUUGUCAAGAAAAAGAAAAAAGAGCCUAGAAGUGCCCAGGGAGGGAAGAGGCUGAAACCAAGCUUGUCCAGCAGCAAUAUUGAGGUCUGUUCUCUGAAGCCAGUUCAGGAAAGCCGAGAAACUGAGCCCAGGCCCAAGAGAGGCAUGGGGAUCAAAGCCCUCUCCCAUGACAGCAUCUUCAUAUUGCAGCCUGAGCCUGAAAGAUCAGCAAGCAAAUUAUACCCCUCUCCAGAGCCCCAGAGAGGCAGACCUCUGCAGAGAUCUCACGUUUCCAGAACUCUGCCUAGAACUGGGACUGGUAGUAUGCGUGGAGCUGUUUCUAGAGCUGUGUUUGGAGUUAUGCCCCAAUAUGUGCCCAGAAGUGGAAUCUGGGUUGAAGGCUCCAACUUUACUGAGAGCACCUUUGAGCCCUCACCUGGAUCUCUUCACUCACAGUCUGUGACCAUGUUUGCCACGCGUGCCUCUCCCAGCAGCGCUCAGCUGCCUCUUAGUUUCAGCAUCCCAGCCACCACCCAGGGCUGUUUGGAUUCCUCAGCGGCUCGACACAAGAUGGCUUUAAACCCCCGAAAGCAAAAGAAGAAUAACCCACAAGUGACUGUGAAACCAAAGCCGGAGGAGCCAAGCCUUGCACUGGUUUUUGAAGAAGAGAAGAGUACAAACCAACCAAAAGAAGCUGACCAAAAGAAGCCAAAAAAAGACAGUGCAGGUCCCUCGAGCCAGGAACAGAGCAACAAAACUGAGAUUUAUGAGAAGAAGACAGUAGAUCAGGCUUCAAACACAGAUGCUAUUUGGAAUCAGGGCUGCCCGUUGUCAGCAGUGUAUAGAAGACAACAUGUAAGAAAAAGGUGGAGUGCUUCAGUAAUGAGUGAGCGCGGUUCCAGAGGAAGAAGCUUGAAACAAUCCAAUCACAGGCUUGGCCUAGUUGAUAGAGCUGGGUCCCCAACUGAUGAUAACACUGCCAGGGAUUGCCUUCCCUGGCUCUUGUCCCUGGAGAAGCAAGUCAUGAAGCAGCCCAUAACACCACAGGCAGAAACCACUACUCUUCUGGAGUUGCUUUCAGCUAAAGAGGACAUGGGAAGGAGAAAUGCUGGUGCAGAUUUUGAAGCCAGCAAAGCAUCAGCAUCACAACCCACACCUGAAGACAUGGAAGAGUCCACGGAUAGUGGUCAAUCACCAUACCGUGAAGAUGGGGCUUCUGGAGCUGAGAAGAUGGAAGUCAGAGCUUCUCUUUUACCAGUGGUGGAAAGCCCUUCCACAACGGAAGAAGAUGUCGUUUCCUCAGUGGCAGUGAAGGCUCAGGUAUGUAUGGAUCCUUCUCAUCUUCAGUCAGAAGAGGAGGAAGCUUCCAGCUUUGAUUCUCAAAACAUCCAAUUUAAAAUGGAGUCACCUCAAGAUAUCCCAACUAUCUGCAAAGAGAAGCCUCCUAGAAAUGUUCUCCAGGCCUUUACAGCAAGCAUUUCGGGUAUGGCAAGUGCUUUGGCAGAGGGAGGCAUUCCUGCAGAGAAGCUGCCUCCCAGAAGCCUUUCCCGGUCCUUAGGGAAGCCCAAAGCUGAAGAAGACCCCUCAGAUUCAGGGAGCACUUCAGAGGCGAGGAGUCGUUCUGAGCAGCAGCUGGCUCCCAGAUACUCUUUCCAGUCCUUGGGGAAGUGCAAAGAUGAACGAGAAGUCUUCCCAGGAUCAGAGAGUUCAGCUGUGGAACUGAGCAGUUCCGAGCAGCAGCUGGCUCCUGGAUACUCUUUCCAAUUCUUGGGGAAGCCUGAAAAUGAAGAAGUCUCCACAGAAUCAAAUAGCUAUGUUGAAAAGUACAAUAGUGCUGAGGAUUGGGGCAGCUUGGAGGAAGAUCUGCCUCCCAGACACCCUUCCCUGGCUUUGGGGAAGCCCAAAGACCAACAAGAAGUCUCCUCAGUUUCAAAGAACACACCUGAGGAGUGGAGUGUUUCUGUGAAGCAGAUUCCUCCCAGACACCCUUCUCAGUGCCUUGUGAGGCCGACUGUUCAGCAACAGGUCUCCUCAGGUUCAAUGAGUGCUUCUGUAGAAUGGAUUGGUCCCGUGGAGCCGAUGCCUCCCAGGCGCCCUUUCCAGCCCUGGGUGAGCCUUAAAUUCGGGCAACAAGCCUCUGCAGGUCCAGAGAGCACUGCUGUUGAGCGGGGCAUUUCUAUGGAGCCGCUGCCUCCCAGAGAGUCUUCUAAACACCUGAUGAGGCCUAAAGUCAAGCAACCAGUCUCCUCAGAUCCAGAAAUUGCUACUGUUGAAGGGAUCAAUUCUAUGGGGCUGCUGCCUCCAAGACAUCAUUCUCAGCCCCCAGUGAAACCAAGAGCUAAGCAAGAAAUCUCUGCAGGUCCAGAGAGCACAGGUGUUGAGGAGAGCAUUUCUAUGGAGCCACUGCCUCCCACAAUGCCUUCCCAGCCCCUGAUGAAACCAGUAGUCAACCAACCAAUCUCUGCAGGUCCAGAGAGUGUUGUCAUUGAGGGGAGCACUUCUACAGAGCCACUGCCUCCCAAACAUCUUUCUCAGUCCUUUGUGAGACAUAAAGUCCAGCAAAUGUCAAGUUUUCAGAAUGCUGCUUUUGAGGGGGAUAUUUCUGGAAGCCCACUCCCUGGCAAAUAUCCAACUCAGUUCUUAACGAGGUCUAAUUUUGAGGAAAUGUUCUCAUGUGUAGAGAACACUGCUGCUGAAGGAGACAUGUCUAAGAAAUCGCUGCUUCUGAGGCAUCCUUCCCAGUCAUUUGUGAAGUUUAUGGCACAGCAAAUCUUUUCAGAAAGCCCUGCUACUGAGGGGGAUGUUUAUGUGGAUCCUUUGUCUUCAAAUCAACCUUCCAAAUCUUUGUUGAGGCCUAAAGUUGAGCGCCAAGUUUCCUCAAGUUGGGAGAGUGCUGAUAUCAAGGGAGGCAUUUCUUUGAAAGUGCUGCCUACGAAACACCCCUUACAGUCCUCGGAGGGGCCUGAAGACCCGCAAGAAGUUUUGUCACAUUCAGAGAGUGCUCCUGUGAAGUGGAGAAGUUUGAAAGUACAGCUGCCUCCCAGACACGUUUCCCGGGCACUGGGGAAGCUUGACUAUCAGCAAGAAGUCUACUCAGCUUUUGAGAGCUCUACUGAAGAACCGAGUUCUGAACAGCAGCUGUCUUCCAGAUGCCCUUUCCGAGCUGAGGACGGAGCUGAAUUCCAGCCACAGAUUUUCUCAACAGACUCAGUGAGUGUACCUGUAGAGUGGAACAUUUCUGAGGAGCACCUGCCUCCAAGACACUCUUUUCAGGCUUUUGCAGACCCUGAAUAUCAGCAACAGGUUUAUUUAAGUUCCGUGAGUGCUGCUGCUGAGGGAACCACUCCUGAGAGCAAUUCUAGCAGCUGGUCCCCACCAAGAAGCCCAGCUUCUCCAAACGAAACCAAGAAACACCGCCAAGUCGCUGAAGACCUCAUUAAGAACAUGCUGACUACUGCUACCAAAGCUGUGAAGUUCACCACUGCUUCUGCCUGGGAAGCAUCCACUUCAGAGGACACUCACUCUAAGGAGGAAGUUCUUGAGAGUGGUGAUCAAAAUAUUAGCUGUUCAGAUUUAUUCGCCAAUGGGGCUGAUGUUGAAAACCUUUUUGGAGUCCGACUGAGAAGAAUCUCUUCCUCACCAAAGUACAAGAGUGAGAAACAAGGUGAUUUUACCAAGCUUCCUUCAUUCUCUUUGGGACCAAUUUCAUCUUCCAUAGUUAGAGAACAGCAAAUCAAAAGAAGCACCUCCCAGGGGCUCCUGGGCACUGCGGAGAACCUCACCACAACAUCUGACUUUGCAGAGAAGCAACAGAGCAGGCCCAAAUCUGAAAGCAUGGCCAGGAAGCAACCGGCUUACAAGAUCCCAGGAGAGGUUCCUGAUCAACAGUCAGAUUCUACUACCCCACAGCCAGCUUGGAUAACCAUGAUAAAGCAGAGGCAAAGGAGUUCCCAGGCCCACACUCCUAUGAAAGAGCCAAAAACCAAGAACAGAGCUGGAGCCAAGGCUGAGACUAAGGAGCCUAGACAUGGGGGAACUAGCCAUGCAAAUGAAAACCAACCAAGAAUGAUUUUCACUUCUGAUGUCAAUAGACAGGAGAAGAUGGCACAAAUGAAGCUACCUAAGUCUGCCAAAGCAGGAUUUGAAGAUCUGAAGAUAUUUCAAGUGCCUGCCAUGGGAAAAGAAACCCGGCGAUCUUCAACUCUCCCAGCCAUGUUCCAAGAGCCAGUUGAGCCAGUUGAGGUGGUUGCACCAGUGGAUCCAGCUGAUCCAGUGGAGCUGGUUGAGUCAGUCGAGCGGGUUGAGCCAGUCUGGUUCUCCCUGGCCAAGAAGAAAGCCAAAGCGUGGAGCCAAAUAGCAGAAAUCAUGUAAUCAAAUAGCUCCUGGGUGGAGCAUCAGCAUUUCAAAUGAUAAUCGCCAAUAGCUGUAUUAAUGCCACAAAGUCAUUUUUUUACUGUAACCAUUUUUUAUUAAGCAAAAGAACCUUAGAAAUGGGAAUUAAAGCUAAUAAUUAUUUGAAUGAAACAAAUGCCAUGAAUGCCUAAUCUUCAAUAGUCACUGCCAGCACCUGAAAACUCAGCAUUUCCUCUAUGAAACUAUGUAAAAUGUUUGCACUGCUGUAGAACUGGGAAAUCUUUGACUUUGGACAAUAUGCUUUAGAAGGGAGAAAGCAAAAACACUUCAUUGGGGCAACUAAGAGAUGGACAUUUCCCUUGAUCAAAUAAAUUUAUUCUAAUGGAAAUGUCCAGACAAUUUGGCCUAAGGAUUGGCUUUUGGGUUUUAUGAGCCUAGUUAAAUGCUUCAAUUCUUUGGUUGCUGCUCCAGGCUUUGCAAAGGCCCCUAGAAGAGGUGGUGGAAGUAAAAAUUCUGGAUCUUCAAGAAAAACUUUGCACAGCCAGUCCCCUAAUCAGCCCACUGCCCUUUGAAACACCUUCUUUGUCUCCCUGGAGGACCCCAAUGCCUGAAACUUAUACAGAACUCUCUCUUUACACAUGCCCCAUGUCAAGCUGUUGCAGGUCCAGCAGCAAUGGGCACCUUCCUAUGAUGUGGAACAUUUCUUAGGGAUUAUCAUACAUACUCCUCUGGAUGGUUAGUCCAUUAGUGUUUGACCUCUUGCCCCAACACCACUGUGACCCUCUCCAGUUGCUCAGAAAUGUACUGGAUGUCGUACACACCCUAUUGUUGAAGCACUUAAGACCCUGUUGAAAUUCAAAAUUCUACAGACGCUAAAAGCUAUACUUUCAAUGGGCAGAUGGGAAGCCCUCCACAAGGAAGCCUAGGGCCACUGGAGAGCUGUCUUUCCCCCUGGCUCCAAUCUUAAGGUGGAGAACUCCAUGUAGUGAAGCUUCUAGUCCCUUCCCCUCAGCAGGCUCUGUUUCACAAAGUUUUAGCCCAAAGCAAGACUGCCAUCCCAAAGCCAUAGAACAAUUAACUUUCUGCUAACUGGAAGCCUUAAGUGAUUAAAUCAGCCUUUCCCUGCCCUCAUUCCUAGAGGCACACACCUCAAAAGUUACUAGGUUGGACAGCCCCCACCUCCCCACUGAACCGCUCACCCCAAGUCCUUCCUCUCUAUUUCAUCCCCCAAACACACCAAACACUGAGAACUCCCUUUGGAUGCCUGGACAGGACCUAGCUCAUUUUCUUAGGAGCCCCAGAAGUGUCUUCUCAGUCUACCUUUCACUGUGUCUUCCU